AUGUCUCACUUUGAUCUUACAGAUUGCUCUCAUAGAAGAUUUAAUCCAUUAACAGGAACUUACGUUCUUUGCUCUCCCCAUAGGGCCAAGAGACCAUGGCUUGGUGCAAAGGAAAAUGCCGGUGCCGAGAAAAAAAACACUUACGAACCUGGAUGCUAUCUUUGCCCAGGAAAUAAGAGGGCUGUUGGAAACGCAAUCAAUCCUAAAUACAGUGCCACGUUUAUUUUUCCAAAUGACUUUUCUGCAGUGAAGUUGGACCAACCUGACUACGUUGAUGAAGAUUCAGAGGGUAAAAGUGAAGAGGAAAAGAAGCUCAGAAAACGACUUCUUAUAACCAAGGGAGUCAGAGGUAAAUGCUUUGUUAUUUGCUUUUCUCCAAAUCACGCACUCACCAUGCCAUUAUUGACAGUAAACGAGAUAGUGGGGGUGAUUAAUGCCUGGUUGGGUCUUUACACGGAUCUAAAAAGGCAGCAUUUCGAAGAAGGCAAACCAUACAAAUAUGUCCAAAUUUUCGAAAAUAAAGGUGCUGCUAUGGGUUGUUCGAAUCCUCACCCGCAUUGUCAGAGUUGGUGUUUGGACACGAUCCCGACAGAAAUAUCACGGGAAUUGUCCAAUCUUAUCAAAUACAAGGCUGAAAAUGGUACACACCUGUUUGCUGAUUAUAUAAGACUUGAGCAGUUGGAGAAGGUUAGAAUUGUUCUAGAGAACGAUUCUUUUAUCGUCGUUGUCCCUUAUUGGGCAUUAUGGCCAUUUGAAACUCUUUUAAUUGCCAAGGAACAUCUCAGAUCUUUGGAAGAUUUCGAUGAAAAGCAUAAAGAAGAUCUAGCUUCUAUUUUGAAGAAAUUAACGGUCAAGUAUGACAAUCUUUUCGAGACUUCUUUCCCAUAUUCAGCUGGUCUCCAUCAGGCUCCAUUUUUUGGUUCUGAGGAUGAAUUGGAUUGUUCUUGGUUCCACGCUCAUUUCUAUCCACCAUUACUAAGGUCAGCUACUGUUAAGAAGUUCUGUGUUGGUUUUGAAAUGCUUGCCGAACCUCAAAGAGAUUUGACAAGUGAACAGGCCGCUGCAAAACUUCAACAGUUGGAUUCAGAAACGCAUUACUCACAAAGAAAGUAG